AUGCUCCCCGAAGCCAGUUCCCUGUGGCUACUUCGGCUGCUCCGGGACGUUCAACUGGCCCAGUUUUACCGGCCAAUCCUUGAGGAGCUUAACGUCACUCGGCCAGAACAUUUUGAUUUUGUGAGGCCUGAGGACCUGGACAACAUUGGCAUGGGCAGGCCUGCCCAGCGCAGGCUUGCUGAAGCCCUGAAGAGGUACCGCUCGGGUGUCAAGUCUAAGAACUGGGUCUACAAGAUCCUUGGAGGGUUUGCACCUGAACAGAAGGAGAUGGCUCCACGCUCAGACAGUCUUCAGUGUCUCCACGAGCCAGAGGGGGGACUCAAGAGUCUGAUUCCAGAGGGUGCCGUGUGCAGAGGGGAGCUCCUGGGCUCGGGUUGCUUCGGUGUUGUUCAUCGAGGGCUGUGGACACUGCCUAGUGGCCAGAGUAUCCCAGUGGCUGUCAAGUCCCUCCGUGUUGGUCCUGAGGGUCCGAUGGGCACUGAGCUGGGAGACUUCCUGCGAGAAGUGUCUGUUAUGAUGAAGCUAGAGCACCCACACGUGCUGCGCCUGCACGGUCUCGUACUGGGCCAGCCCCUACAGAUGGUGAUGGAGCUGGCGCCACUGGGCUCCCUGCAUGCGCGCCUGACUGCCCCAGCGCCGACACCCCCACUGCCUGUGGCCCUACUGUGCCUCUUCCUGCGUCAGCUGGCAGGAGCCAUGGCGUACUUGGGGUCCCGUGGGUUAGUGCACCGGGAUCUCGCUACCCGUAACCUGCUCCUGGCCUCACCGCGCACCAUCAAGGUGGCAGAUUUUGGACUUGUGAGGCCGCUGGGCGGCGCCCGGGGUCGCUACGUGAUGGGCGGGCCCCGUCCGAUCCCCUAUGCCUGGUGUGCCCCAGAGAGUCUACGCCAGGGAGCCUUCUCUUCUGCCUCUGAUGUGUGGAUGUUUGGUGUGACACUGUGGGAAAUGUUUUCUGGAGGCGAGGAGCCCUGGGCGGGUGUUCCACCAUAUCUCAUCUUACACCGACUGGAGAAGGACCGAGCCAGGCUGCCAAAGCCUCCUCUCUGCUCCAGGGCCCUCUACUCACUCGCCUUGCGUUGCUGGGCUCCUCACCCUGCAGACCGGCCUAGCUUUUCCAGCCUGGAAGGACUUCUUCAAGAGGCUUGGCUUUGUGAAGGACGUUGCGUUAGGGAAGUUACAGAGCCAGGCGCUUUGCGGAUGGAGCCCGGUGACCCCAUCACUAUCAUUGAGGGCAGCUCCUCUUCCCACAGCCCUGACACCACAACCUGGAAGGGUCAGAACGGCCGCACCUUCAAAGUGGGCAACUUCCCGGCGUUAGCGGUGAUACUGCCAGACGUGGGGGGUUCGCCAGUCACCCAUCCAGCCCCUAGAGCCUUCCCUGCCAGGGUAGAGAAAUGCCGAGGAAGCAUGGACGGGGACAGAGAGAAGACAAAGUUCCAGGAUAUAGCAUCAGCACGGGGCCAGAGAAGGAAGGUGCCCCUGCAGAGGAUGAAAGGAAUUUCCAAGAGUCUGGAGUCAGUGCUGUCCCUGGGUCCCCGACCCACAGGAGGUGGUUCAAGCCCUCCAGAACUUCGACAUGCGAGAGCUAUGCCCCAGGGGCUCCCAGACCUGUCUCUGCGCCCACCAGACUUGCCUCCACGCCCACCUUUUAUCUCCAGCUCUUCUCAGCCCAUCCAGCCCCACAAACCACGGCCUCCCUGGCCCAAAUCACACAAUCACCGCACCGGAGUACCUGGAGCCAGCAAAGCCACUGUCCCUUCUGGAGGCCCGUCGUCAGACCCCGAGUGGCAGAGGAAGAUUAUAGAGGUGGAGCUAAGUGUACAUGGAGUCACCCACCAGCAGUGUCAAGUGGCACUGAGAACCUCCGGGGGAGAUGUGGCCUCUGCUAUCCGGAACCUCAAGGUAGACCAGCUCUUCCACCUCAGUAACAGGUCCAGAGCAGACUGUCGGCGCAUCCUGGAGCAUCACCAGUGGGACCUGUCAGCAGCCAGUCGCUACAUCCUGGCCCGGUCCUGAACUCUACAUCCUUGGGGAUGGCUACCAGCAUGGAGAACCUGGCCCACUUGGAGCCUGACCUUAUGGGACCGGACAGAGGCAGACUUUCACACCAAGGGAGAGCUUCCUUGCCGUGAGGAGGUAUAGGAAGUGUGCAGGGCACCAGGUCAGGCACUGAUGAGAGUUUCCUCCAUGCCCUGCUCCUUGGCCUCUGGGGGCUCUGACUGGACCAAGAAGGAUCUAGUUCACUCUGCCUACUACAUUCCCACUUGAACAGGACUUGAAAGAACAAAUCUGCCAAGGAAGCCUCUGCUCACGACAGACAAUGAUCAAGUAGCUGUACUGGACCCUGGACCAACUGUUAGACGGGUCACUAGCUACCUCACUAGACUCCGUGGGACACCCGUCUUAGACACUGACUUGGAGGCUGGGGCCCAAACUGCUUUGGUUUUGGUUUGGAAUCACCAUGGGUGAUGAGAACUCAGUUUUUGGACUCAAGUAUUUUUUUUCUUUAAUACAAAUGCUGUAGA